AUGGCUAGAGAGGUUGCCUCCUUGCUCUUUCUCUCCGGCGUUCUCUUACAGCUUUUAAGUUCUUCUGAUGGAUCAUUUAAUUUUUUGGUGGUCAACAUGAUCGGUGGUGCGAGCCACGAGAUGCAACUGCAGCACAUAAGCGCCAACCUAAUGGCCAGGGGGCACAAGGUCACCUUCCUUAAUUUCAAACACACCCUGGAGCCCCCUCGGCUAGCCCACAAGAACAUUACAUACAUCGAUUUGACAUUGGACAACUCUAAAGGAAGCCUCCCCAUGAUCACCAGAGAAAAAGAGGGAAGAUUUCAAGUGCCGAUGGAUCGUGCGUGGACAUCUGGUCUUACGCCGUGGCGCAUUCCGAUGGAUGGCGCGCUAACUCUAUCGUCAAUGUGCGACCGAAUGCUUGGAGACGCGAAGCUGUUGAGGAAGCUCAGGCUCUCGCACUUUGACCUUAGCAUCGCCGACCUGCUGACGAACGAGUGCGGCCUUGCGUUGCCUACGGUCGGCUACUGGAACCUGGCGUUCAACGGAUGCGAGCUGCCGUUCAGCGGCGGCCUGUCGACGCCGACGGGCGCGCUGCCCAGCUUUAUGAGCGGCUACACGGACCGCAUGAACUUCGCGCAGCGCGCCGUCAACCUCUUCUACCACCUGGUGACCGACGUGAUGGUGCGCGUGCACUUCGUCAUGAUCGACUGGGUGGUGCAGAAGCACCUGCCCGGCACGCCCGGCUCGCAGGCGCUGCUGGCCAACUUGUCCGGCGUGCUGGCCAACAACGACUUCAGUCUCGACUUCCCCAGGGAGUACCCGCCAAACGUGAUCAACGUCGGGUGCAUGCAGUGUAGGCAGCCCAAGCCUCUGCCGCAGGACCUAGAAGAUUUCAUGCAGAGUUCCGGUGAGCACGGCGUUAUUCUCUUCUCAUUUGGUUCUACUGUCGACCUGACGGCACCUGCGGCUCCUCCAAGACUGCUCCGUAAAAUUUUGGCUGCUUUUGCGCGAAUGUCACAAAAGGUGCUCAUGAAACUGGCUGGUGAGCUGCCUGCUAACACGUCAGUGCCGGAAAACGUCCGCAUUCAACGUUGGGUGCCACAGCAGGACGUUCUAGGCCAUCCGAAGACGCGGCUCUUCUUCACACACUGCGGCAUGAACGGGGCCAUGGAGCUGGUGUGGCACGGCGUGCCAGCGGUCACUCUGCCCGUGUUCGCCGACCAGGCCGACGUGUCUGCCAUGUUGGUGGACAGGGGCGUCGCACUAAGGGUCGACAAGGACUCCACCGUCGACGAGAUCGUAAAAACUCUGCAGACCGUGAUCUCAAAUCAAAAAUUUUCUAGCGAAUCGUACCUCUUGAAGCAGAUAUUCCGCAACCAGAUGACCAGUCCGACGGAGCGAGCGGUGUGGUUCGUAGAGAUGGUAGCGAAAACGAAAGGCGCGGAACACCUUAAGCUAGCCUCUCGCAAUCAGUACCUCGUUCAGAAGCACAAUCUGGACGUUAUAGCUGCUGUCCUUACAAUAAUUUUAGUUGCAUUUGAAUGUGUAUUCCACAAAAGAUGUAUUCGAUUCCUCUCUCGCCGAUUCAAAUAUUUACAAAUAAAAUUGACUAACUUUUUCACCGCAGUGUUUCAUGAGAAGAUUCACUGAAUUUACUCGUUUUGCAUCCGCUAAUUCAGACAAAUUCCGACCCCAAUUGCCCCAGAUAAUAAUUGUUUUCAUCGCUCGAUUAGUGAAAGUAAUCGAAACUCCUCAAUGAAUUGUUAAUUAAGUAAUACAAAUAUGUCUUCGGGCUUCGAAAUUUAACUACUAAAGGAGGAUUACUCAUUCAUGGUUUUAAAAUACCGUCUUUCUUUGUGGAAAAUCUAAUGCUUAAAAUGAAAUUAUUCAAAGUGGAUUGUGCGAUCUAAUUUUUUUUAGAUAAAUCUACUAACGAACGUUUAUAAAUAAAGGAUUUUGUAAGUAUUUUUGAUAUGUUUGUACAAUAUUGUGUGAAAAUAUUUGAGCUAUAUAUAUGGUAAUAAAAUUUUGAUGUUGUCAACUAACAUCUUAGCUUCAAAAAUUGUCAGCUUCUUUCCUAUUUUCUUGUAUUUGUAAAUA